GCCCAGUAUUAUGGUGAGAUCGGCAUCGGGACCCCCCAACAGAAGUUCACUGUGGUCUUCGACACUGGUUCCUCCAACCUCUGGGUGCCAUCUGUGCACUGUCACCUGCUGGACAUCGCCUGCCUGCUGCACCACAAGUACGAUGCCUCUAAAUCCAGCACGUACGUGGAGAACGGCACCGAGUUCGCCAUCCACUAUGGGACAGGGAGCCUCUCUGGGUACCUCAGCCAGGACACGGUCACGCUCGGUAACUUGAAAAUCAAGAACCAGGUCUUCGGGGAGGCCGUGAAGCAGCCAGGCAUCACGUUCAUCGCUGCCAAGUUCGACGGCAUCCUGGGCAUGGCAUUCCCAAGGAUCUCUGUGGACAAGGUCACCCCUUUCUUCGAUAACAUCAUGCAACAGAAGCUGAUUGAGAAAAACAUCUUCUCCUUCUACCUGAACAGAGACCCCACUGCUCAGCCCGGCGGUGAGCUGCUCCUGGGAGGGACCGACCCCAAGUAUUACAGCGGUGACUUCAGCUGGGUCAACGUCACACGCAAGGCCUACUGGCAGGUCCACAUGGACGCGGUGGACGUUGCCAACGGGCUGACUCUGUGCAAAGGGGGCUGUGAGGCCAUCGUGGAUACAGGAACCUCACUCAUCACCGGCCCCACCAAGGAAGUGAAGGAGCUGCAGACAGCCAUCGGUGCAAAACCGCUCAUCAAAGGCCAGUACGUGAUCCCCUGCGAUAAGGUGUCAUCUCUGCCUGUUGUCACGCUAACACUAGGAGGGAAGCCCUACCAGCUCACCGGAGAGCAGUAUGUCUUCAAGGUUUCUGUACAAGGAGAGACCAUCUGCCUGAGCGGCUUUUCAGGCCUGGACGUCCCACCCCCUGGAGGCCCACUCUGGAUCCUGGGAGAUGUCUUCAUCGGUCCCUACUACACCGUCUUUGACCGUGAUAAUGACUCUGUUGGCUUUGCCAAAUGUGCCUAAGCGCCUGACCCCCCCCACUGCCUCUGCCACACACACACUUACACACAUGCACGGGAGCCAUAGAGAAAGAUUACCAGGAUCAGAAACCCAGUGAGUGGAAAGGA